AUGCAGAACGACGUUCCGGACGAGUCGACAGAGCCUGCCGGCUCCCCGAACCGUACCACGUCUCAGCGUCUUCGUCGUGACACCAUGGGCUUCGUCGUCUUCGCAACACUGUUGGACCAAGAGCGCUUGGGGUUGACACACAAAGCACCACUCAGCGCAAUUCAAGCAGACGGCAAAAGCUCGGCUGCCCAGAGUGUUGGUCAUAUUGGUGUGGGGCACAUAUCGAACUGGAAGGGCAAGAUGCGUGCGAACGAGGAUAAGAUCGCGCAGCUGCUGGACAAGACCACGGACUUUGACAAGGAUGAACGCUACAUGGCUACAUCGGAUCUGUGCGUCGAGCUAAACAAGGACGUCGACCUGGGACCGUAUAUUGAGCCAAGAGUGUGUGCGGCGGUGCUGAAGCAGCUGGACGACAAGUCGAACGACGUGCAGUCUAUCGCAGUUAAGUGUCUGGGCAUUUUGGUCACUAAAGUGCAGGUGGCCCAGGUGGCAGACAUCUGCGCCAAGCUCUGUGAUCUCAUUCUUAAUGGCAAGCCGGAGCUCCGGGAUAUCUACUCGAUCGGCCUCAAGACCAUCGUGGCGGACGUAUCCCAGACUACGGGAGCGCCCAUCGCCACUGUCAUUUGCACUCGGCUUAUAACGGGUCUGAACAAGGAUAAGGAUGCCGCUGUGAAGGCCGAGACGUUGGACAUCUUAACAGAUCUACUGCGUCGCUUUGGCUACGACGUCGCCACGGAGCACGCGACGAUCAUGGAGCUGCUGAUGAUACAGCUCACGGACGAGUCGCCGCUAGUACGCAAGCGUGCGACUGCUUGUGUGGGAUCGCUGGGUGUGAUGGCGUCUGAUGUUCUCGUGAGCCGCUUGGUGGAGCACCUGAUCAAUGGAAUUCAAGGAUCUGCCAACUCGUCGAACGUGCGCACGCUGAUCCAGACCAUUGGAAUGCUCUCUCGAACGGCAGGGCACCGUCUUGGACAGCAUUUGGACGCGGUGAUCCGCAUUCUGGUACAGUUCUGCGGGGACCCCGAAGAUGAGUCACUGCAGAACGAAGACUCUGACGAUUUGCGUGGAAACUGUUUUCAGGCGUUUGAAGCGUUCGUGAUUCGAUGUCACAACGAGAUCACGCCUCAUGUGGAGGUUAUCCUGAAGCUCGUGAUGCAAUUUAUUCACUACGACCCCAAUUACAACUACGUGGACUCUGCUGAUGAAGACGAAGACAUGGAUAAUAUAGAAGAGGAGUAUAGUGAUGAGGAGGGUGACUACAGUGACGACGACGACACCAGCUGGAAGCUCUACAUUCACUGCGCCCAGCCUCUAAUCUCGCGCUUUAAAGAGCGAGAAGAAAACGUUCGUAUCGAUGUAUUUGGGGUAUUUGCAGAACUUCUUCGUGCCACCCGCAAAACUCUCUCGAGCUCAAAUGGAACUGGUUCAUUCCAUCCACCCACGGCGAACGCUUGUGUUACCCAGCUGGAGCAACGUCUGAAUGCUAUCGUAGUAGGAGCCAACAAGCAGUUUGGCAUGAGAGCUUCUGUUCCGUCGCGUUGUGCAGUGGUAGCAAUGCUGAGUGAACUUGCGAUGGUGGAGCAUGGAAAGCUGGGGGACUAUAUUGGUCGUUUGAUGCCGAACAUUCUCCAUGCAGUGGAUGACAAACACUCUGAUUUGAAGCUGGACGCGCUUCUGUUCCUUCGAUUGCUCGUGGAUACGCAUACAAUGGAGCCGUUCCAACCGCAUAUUGAAUCGGUCGUCAAGGUUGCCGUCCAAUGUGCAAGGGGGGACUGGUACAAAACAGUGGCAAAAGCACUUGGACUGAUUGAAUCUCUUGUCCGAGCUAUCCGAGCUAUCCGAUCUGAAGGUGGAGGUUCGACCUACAAACCAUAUGCGACUUCUUUUUUCGAGGCGGUGCUGCCUAAUUUAAAGGUUCAUGACAUCGAUCAAGAAAUUAAGGAGGCCGCUAUCAGCAGCAUCGGCGAAAUUGUUGCUGUGCUUGGUGAUGAGCUCGGUGCACGCGUCGGAGAAGUCUACCCAUUGCUCAUGGAGCGUCUCAACAACGAAAUCACACGGGUUCAAAGUAUUAAGGCCAUUGGGGCUGUUGCUUGCUCGAAGCUCAACUUGGAUAUGUCGCCCAUUCUCGUGGAGUGCACCCAAACGCUAGCCCAGCUACUUCGUCAGCAGUCCCGCACAUUGAAGCAAGCGACAUUGGCCACUCUCAAUGACCUGGUCGUCCACAAGGGUGUCAGCAUGCCGGAAACGCUACACUGCGAAGUGCUGCUGGAAGCUUCCCUUCUACUUGUUGACGUCGACCUGCAAUUGUGCCGCAUGAGCAUCACACUAGUGUCAAAUUCGCUUCGAGUAUGCCCACGUGUUGCUUCAACGGAUGCUUUUUUGCAGAGUGCGCAAGGAAAGGCACUGGAAUUGUGCCAUAGCUCCAUGCUUCAAGGUCCUACUCUAGAUGCACUGAAGGGCCUUUUCGCGCAGCUGACGCAGUUAAACACACCUGGCUGCAGUUUUCCGGAGCUGUUCAAGGCGCUGAUGGCAACGCCUACGGAAGAAUCGAAGCACUCGGUGCUGAACAUUGCUCGAUGCGUUGCAGGAACUUGCGUGGCAACGACGGAAGAGAACCGUAAGCUGGCUUUCGCCAAGUUCGUCGGUGAUAUUACACAAACCGAGUCCGAAAAGAACAGAGUUUUGGCGCUCUAUUGCUUGGGUGACUUUGGGCGCAAGAUCAAGCUAGCUGGCUACACUGACGUGAAGGAACUCAUUCUUAAGUGCUUCAAAAACGCGGGCGAAGAAGUUAAGGCGGCAGCUGCGUAUUCACUUGGAAGUAUUUGCGUCGGAAACAUGGAAGAGUAUUUGGACACCAUCAUGGUCAAGUUGGAGCUUGGAGAGAACUCGUACCUGCUCCUGACAUCACUCCGCGAAGUCAUCUCAGACCAUGCUGCGAAACCCCAUCAUGGUUUCGCAAUGUAUGUGGACCGUGUCCUUCCUGUACUCCAGAAGAUGAGUGCUCGUCAGGAAGAGGGUGUGCGGAAUAUGGUGGGCGAAUGCAUAGGAAAGCUCGCUGUGACGAACAGCGCGAAGAUUAUGCCUAUUGUGACGGACCUGUGUGGAUCAUCGGACGUCUGGUCGCGUUGGACUGCGGUGACGAGUCUCAAGUACGCGUUGACAACCACGGCUCAGGAUCCUGCAGUCAACGCGAUCUUUGCUCACAUCGACCCCUUCUUGGCGGCGCUUGAAGACGAAGAUUUACACGUGCGUCGUGCUGCUCUGCUGGUGCUCAACACUGCUGCUCACCACCAUGCUCACUAUCUCAUGCCAUACGUUCGAGAACGCAUCUUCCCCGUACUCUUGAAGGCGACUGAAAUCAAGUUGGAGCGUGUGGUGGAUCUCGGUCCGUUCAAACACAAGGUGGAUGACGGUCUCCCUCUUCGUAAGGCUGCAUAUUCGUGUGUGGAAACGUUGGUCCAGGUGCUGCCACAGCAGCUCGAUAUCAGCCUAUUCUUCGAUCCGCUGAAACGAGGUUUGGGAGACCAGGACGACAUCCAAAUGCUCAGCCACCAGAUUUUGAUAAAGAUCUGCUACGUGCAGCCUGGCAGUAUUGUCGGUGCUCUAGAUUCGUUGAUGGAGCCGUUAGAGAAGACUGUCAACAGGAAGGUGAAAGAAGACCAGGUUGGUCCCGAGGUCGAGCGCAUCAAAGACCUCAUUCGCAGCGCGUUGCGUGCGCUCGAUGCAAUUAGUGCUGUGCGUGACGCAGACUCGUACCCAAAGUUGAAUGCUGUGAUGGAGAAUGUGAAGAAGAAUAAGAUGCUGGGCCCACUUCUGGAAGCUAUUCGAAGUGAGCGUGUAAGCAAUUGA